AUGUCUUCUCCUGGUUCUAGUCCUGAUCAUGGGAUUGGUGACGCUCAUCUUCGGAUCAACCCUCUUGAUAAUCAUAUACCUCGACAAUCUCAGCUAGCUCGUUUCCAGCAGGAACACCUCCAAGACGGCAACACUCUCGUGCCUCUCUCCCACAAUCCUCGGGACUUGAAGUCUGCCAUCGAUCACCACAAAAGCCGAGCAACUAGAGCCAUCAAAACCUUCCAGCAGAGCUUUGCAAAGCACAAGCCAGACGAUGCAACGGAAUCAUCAACCGACAAGCCCAGCUCCACUGAGAUCGUUGCUCACGCAUUUGACGUCGAAGAAGCACGGAACAGCUUUCGCAAGAGUCAGGAGGGACGCGAACUGCAGGUGUAUUCCGCACCGCGACAUCAGUGUCAAGAUCUAUAUAGCCAUGAAGACACGAGGGAAGGUCUCACCCGAGAAGAGUUGAGGCUUUGGGCUGUUCUAGUCUCCAAUCGAUCCUAA